GUGGAUCAUUAUCACACAGCUCGUUCAACGUUUCGGUCGACACACUCUCGAGUCAAACUGAGGCACCUAUUCGUAAAUCCAGAACAAAUUCAAAUUGUAAAUUUUAUCCUGUCCCUUUUUAAUACGUUUUGCGUUCUCUUUCGAUGAAAUUCCGUUGAAAACCAUCAUUAAACUGAAAGCCGGGGCCAAGCCAGCAAGAAGGAGUCAUCAAGUUGCUGGGAAAGCACAAAAGUUAACAGGUUCAGAUACCAGACAAAAUAAGCAAGGCAUUUUGGCUAGAAAGCAAGAAAGCACAAAACAAUAAGCAGUGGCUUUAGAAGCAAGCAGUGUUCCCAAAGAGCAAGUUUACCAUCUAAAAGCAGGUUCCUAACUUAAGGAGAAUCUUAAAAUAGACAAGAAAUCACAAAGCAAGAUAAAGGAACAAGCUGUGGUUUGCAAAGCAAGCAGUUGGUAAUCUUUGAGAAUUAAAGUUCCUAACUUUAGAAGAAUCUUGACAAAGAAGUUCUAAGCUUUAAAGCAAACACCUCACUUCUAGGAAUAUUUAUAUUAGAUAUAUAGAGUAGAAACUCCAUUAAGAUGUCGGACAACUCGGCUGUGAGCACCGUGCUCAACGUUCUGCUCUGCGGAGCCACCGGCUUUGGGUUCUACAAGAUCGGGCCCAGCGAGCACCCGUAUGCCUUCACCGCCUGCGUGAUUGGAUUCUGCCAUGGACUCUUCGGCCUGGUGAGCGGCCUGACUGGGGACGAGAAUGCCAAGAAGGUCACGGACACGACCACCUGCAUCAUGGACAUCAUCCCGCUGCCGCUGGUCAAUGUGGAUCUCUACUUGGCUGCCGAGAGCAACAACAUUGCCCUGGGCCAUGGACUUUUCAUAGUGCCCCUGGCCGUCAGCGUGAUCCUCAAUUUCUUCAAGGGCGAGAGCAGCGACGAUGGCGAGAACAGUGCCCUGGACACCCUAAAGACCCUCACCAUUCUGGGUAACAUCACCUCGCUGCUCUACCUGUCGAUCAACGAGAGCAGCUGGAAUCUGGCCGGCAUGGCCUUCCUGGCCUUCAUGGCCAAGUUCGGGGCCAAGUUCUUCGAGGAGCAGGUCAGCGAGGGCAGCGCCGAGCCGGUGACCUACUUGAGCUGGUCGGGCUUCUACGUCCUCACCGCCCUGGCCACCACGGGCGAGAAGUAGACCCCCAGAUCACAGGAUAUAUACACCACUUCUUUUCGAAACUUCCCCGACACUUUCCGGACUUUCCGAAUCCAUUCGACCUUGGACGAGCAGAGUGAUGAAUAAAUUAUUGGGCUAACGCUGCGGCGACUCGUUAAUUUUGAAACUUUCGGCUUACAUAUUCAAGAAAUAUAUAUUUUCGACUAGCAAA